AUGGGCUACUUUGAAGAGUAUCUUCUCGACUCACGAUUCAAGUCGAAUUUUGACAGUUGGAAUCCUGUCAGUGGCCACUACCACAAUGUCAUCGACUGGGACCAGCGGCGCACCAUCACAGUUUCCACUACUGAGAAGAAAGAUGAAGACUUCAUUUUUGAGGCUCUUGUAGAGCUCAUCGACGACCUUCCGGCCGAUGUUGUCAAGAUCAAGGUCUCGAAUGACUUUGAGCUGCUGUCUUCCUCCACGGCUGUUGACGAUGACAACACACUCAUUCCUUUCUAUCCUUCACUAACAGAUCUCCCAUCUGAAGUGCCAAAAGUUCAUCACUCAGAGCUCACUGAGAUUGAAAGGCUUGGAGUUCAGGCAGACCACGUCACAUACGAACCCACGCCUGGCGAGACGAAGCAUGUCGUGUUCAAAUACUACAUCAACGAAGGCAACAUUCCCAUGUUCUGGCAUGAGAUGAACUGCACCUUGAGAAUCCCUUCACAUCCAAACAUCGUUCCUAUCGAUCGUCUUGUCGUUGAUUCAGCCACCCCUGAUGGGCCAGAAAAGGUCGUGGGAUUUACGACACAUUUCAUUGCCGGGGGCACUAUUCUGGACAAUGUCAGCCGGGUCUUUAAGCUCAAGCACCUUAAGCAGCUCAUUUCGACUAUCGACUACCUCAAUCUCAGGUUAGGCAUCGUCCAUGGCGACAUCUGCACAUGGAACCUCCUCAUCGACCCUGAGACAGACGACUUGAAAGUCUUUGACUUCAACAUGGGCGCCAAGCUCGGCUGGGAGGGUGACAAGGACCACCUUGACACGUUCGGCUACGACGAAGACCGCAACGACGUGAAGCUUGCCGUCUUUGCCCUUUACGAGAUCAUCACACGCGACAUUUCCUAUCGUGAAGAGACUGAGCUGGAAGAUCUUGACAUUUCUAUGGUGCUUGGUCAAGAAGAGUGGGAGAAACAUCCCGAUGUGGGCCUUGAGGAGGGUGUGGCCGUCUCUGAGUACCGGCGCAUUCUUGAAGACUGGGUUAAUGCUCGGAAGAAGAACGAAAACGAAAUCACCUUCUACAAGCAGGCGCCGGAUUUCAUCGACUGGCCGGGGUUGCCUGAAUUCCCGCUGGCCGAAUUCGUCGGAAGUGUGACAAGGAGGGCAUCACAGUUGCGGUCAGAAAUGAUCAAGAGGGGUGAGCCUUUCAUCAAGUGGUAUGUGUCUGUCUAA